GGUCUAGUAAUUUGUCCGACGAAGAUGCUAUGGAUAGGCUGAAGAAUAGGAAGAGAUCAGCAGCCUCUUCUGGGCAGACUCAAGUUGAGAGGGUUCCUCGCAAGCACCUUCGCUCAUCUACCAUCCCAACCACCAUUGACAUCACGACGGAUUCUCCUAGGGAUGAAGUCCUCGUGAGCUUUCCUGCCGAUUUUCUAGCUGAAGAAGGUCUAGAAGGUGGGAUCUGGCCUGCAGCUGACAAGCUCGUAUUCCCAGCCGCACAAAAGAGGUUAAAGGGACAGGACCCUGAGGUCAUCCUGAAUCAUGCUGUUCAGCUAUCCCUGCAGCUUUCCCAGAGCUGCAUAGCUGCCAGGGACAGCUUGCGGACUGUCGCUACUCUUCAGGAUAAGGUGGCUCGUCUACAAAAGGACAAUUUGAGCCACCAAGCUAAGCUAGAGAGGGAGAAACAGUCUCGGUUGGAUGCUGAGAGCAAGCUAGCUGCUGAGCAAAAAUUAAUGGAGAAAGAGAGGCAAGAAAAAGAUGAAAAGAUAGCUGAAGCAGAGAAAGAAAAUGCGCGCCUGAACACAGUUGUCAGAGAUGCUGAAGAAAGAGUUUUAGAUGUUCAGGCUGAGGCAAAAAUUAUUGAAACUGCGAAGCUGGCAUACCUGAUAAAAUUCAAGAAGCUGGACGACAAGGGUAUCAACUUUUAUAUCGACAGGUUCCUCAAGCUGGACUCGAUGGCUGCCUUGGAGGCCCUAGCUACUGGUGGGAAGGCAGAUGACUCAGAACAAUCUACAGCUGGAUCUCCUCCACUGCUUAACCAGCCAGAGGGUGCCGCUCCAGCUAGCAAAGACGAAACUGUUGGUGAUGAUGCCAGCGUGGCUUCCUAGUUUCUUUAGUAC